AUGUUCACCUUUGCCAAAAAGUCGCUCUGGCAGGUGCCACAUACCGCGGAGCCUCCAAUUCCUCAGCAGGAACCUGUCGACGAGGAGCUCUGUCCGGGCUACAAUUCGGCGAGUUUUUACCCAGCAAAUCCUGGGGAAGUACUGGCAGAGAGGUUUCAACUACUUGUCAAAAUCGGCUGGGGAUCACAAUCUACCGUAUGGCUCGCCCGAGACAUUUCAAGGUAUCUACCCGCACUUAAAUGGCAAUCUGAGCGAACAGUAGUCCUCAAAAUAAUCAACAGUAACAAUGCUGAUGAUGCUCGACAUGAAAAGGAGAUUGAAAGCCAUAUCAUGCAGCAAAAUCCAGAACACCGUGGCCGCGUUAUUCUACGUACAUGUCUAGAUGAUGUCGAAGUAACUGGCCCGGAAGGGAGGCAUAUGUGCCUGGUGUACGAACCGAUGAGAGAACCUAUCUGGAUUUUACAGAGGCGGUUUGUUGAACGCAAGAUUCCCUUGCCCAUUGCGAAAGCCUAUAUCUACUUCCUCCUUGCUGGUCUUGAUUAUCUUCACUCAGAGUGCAAAGUUGUUCACAGUGAUCUGAAGCUAGGUAACAUCCUCAUGAGCUUCGAAAACGAAAACAUUCUUACCAACUUCAUAAAUCGAAAACAACAAAUGCAGUAUAAGAUUGAUGGCAAGAGUGGUCGAACUAUCUACCGCUGCCAUAAUGAUUUCGGUGCUCUUGACGGGCGAGAUAUCAAGAAUAUGGUUCCCAAGAUAUCCGAUUUCGGGCUCGCAACGAGACUUGACAAGCCGGAUACUCGAGAUGGGAUGGUAGGAAAGCAACUUGGCAUUUAUCCUAUCCAACCAGACUAUUACCGUGCUCCAGAGGUAAUCCUUGGCUGCGGUUGGGAUUUCAAGGCGGAUAUUUGGAACUUUGGUGUGUUGGUAAGAUACCCUGCGACUACUUAUUUCCCUGUUGGUUACAAUCGCUGGUUUGGCCUUACUGUUAACAAUCCCUUCGACAAGUUGUGGAAUAUCCUUGGGAGCCAGGAGUUGUUCCAACAGGUAUAUGAUGCGGAUGGCAAAUACCACGCAAAGUCACACCUGGCAGAAAUGAUUGCUCUACUGGGUCCACCCCCCAAGGCAUUGCUCGCGAAAUCAAAGACUAUGUCAGAACACAACUGGCCCCAGGCUGUCGCAAACGACACUGGCAAAUUGUGCAAUAAUUCCCAGGAAUUCUUUGACGGUCCUUUCUUUGACGCAGAAGGCGAAUUCCGGCAUAAUGGGUUGAUCCCGUCUCGGAGCUUAGAGAAUACAACUCCAUUCCUCGAACAGGAAGAUCGAGAGGCAUUUUUAUCUUUCGUUCGGCAAAUGCUCAAUUGGCUCCCGGAGGAGAGGAAAACAGCUCGUGAACUGAUGGAUCAUCAGUUUCUCAAACUUGGAGGUUGA